AUGGCUGGCACUCAGCAAUACAACUACCCUCCGCCUCCACCGCCUCCUGGCCCUCCUCCAUCGAAUCACCUGCAGCAGCAACCGCAAUACGGUUACCCGCAGCAGCAGCAUCCUCAUCCGCAAUACCAACAGCCUCCUAGAGGAGGUGGUCCUCCUCGAGGUGGCCGAGGUGGCAAUCAAGGAGGUCGAGGUGAUUUCCAUGGCAAUCAACCCUAUAAUCCUCAACAACCAAAUGGAGGCUACAACCCACAAGGACAAGGCCCUCCUCAAGCCCAAGGUCCGCCUGCUGGAUAUAAUGGUCAGCAGUCUGCUCCAUACAUAGGCCCUCAAGCUCCCGGUCCCCAGCAGCCGCAGCAAGGCCCUCCUAUUGGAGGCGGUUAUGGUGGACCACAGUGGCAGAACAAUCAGCACGAUCAACAUGGUCAACAGCAUCAUGGUCCUCCACAACAUCAACAGCACCCUCACCCGCAACCUCCUAUGCAUGCACCUCAACCUGCCCCUUUGCAACCACAAAAUUAUCAUCCAAAUUACGCUCCACAAGCCUACCAGCCGCAGCCACAGUAUGGGCCGCAACAACCACCUCAGCAGUUUCAGACUCCUCAGCCAACCCCUUCUUAUGGUCACAGUGGGCCUCCUAACCAGCAUGGCGGACCUCCACAGCAGUGGCAAGGUCCUCCCCAGCAUGCCAGACCCCCUUUCAAUAAUAAUAAUAAUCGCGGUCGUGGUGGCUUUCAAGGUGGCCGUGGAGGCCAUGAAGCACCUCUCAUGGGACCGCCCAUUCGAAUGGGAUUUGACAAUGAUAGAGGAGGACAUAUGGCUCAAGCGGGCCCUCCCUUCUCUCAUCAAUUUGCAACCCAUCAAAGUCCACCUCCCCCAUUCUCUCAACCACACUAUCAGCCGUAUCCCCCUCAAGAUUUCUCUCAUGGAGGACAGCGUCCACCGCUAGAUCCCAAUCCAUACAACUCUGGCCCUAAUCGGGGUCGAGGCAAUUCAAAUUUCAGAGGCAGAGGUGGCGGUCGUAAUGAUUUUCAGCAUUCUCGCGGCGGUCGUGGUGAUCGCGAUCGUGGCGAUAAUCGUAACCAUCAUCAUGGAGGUGGUCAGAGAUCUACUUCAGAGAAUCGCCAAAGGCCUGCAGGUGCAGAUGCCAACGGCAAAAAGAAGAAGAAGCGUCGCACCAAUACUCUUGGUCUCACACCAAAUGGUGUUGAGCAUGAAGACAGCGAAGAUGAGGUUGAUGAUGCCGACGAAGAAGCCAGACUUGUCACUUUGCUUGGUCCUGAUACUCCGCAGUUGCCAACUGAUUUGGAAGAAUGGCUUGCUGAGCGAAGAAGUAAAUUUCCUACGAAAGCUCGUAGAGAAGCUGCCGCAGAAGAGCUUCGUCAACGACGUGAGCAAGAGCGUGAAAAUAGACAGCGCAUCAAGCAGGAGAAGUCUAUCAAGAAGGAAGAGGGCGAGACCAAACUCGAGAUUCAGCAGAGAAAAGCCGAAAAGCUCCGACGUGAGCUCGAGAAGGCUGAGCGAAAGAUCCAAGAAUCCAUGGGCGGUUCUAAGCGCAAGCGUGAGAACGGCGAUGAGGGCGAUGAAGUCCGUGGUCAAGUGAGCGAUGACGAUUCCGAUGGUUCAUCGGAUUCUGGCUCCGAUGACUCCAAACCUGAAGCAGCUUCUUCUCGCCAGAAUGCACCGUACCGUGUUUCACAGCCAUCCAAAGCUCAACUUCAACGACAUUGCAAGUACUUUUCGACUGGUGGUACCUGCGGCAAGAAGGGCAAGUGUCGCUUCGUUCACGACCAGGAGGUUCGCAAUCAAGCUUUGAGAGAUAAGGAGGCAAACGGUGGAAAGAUGACUCUUGCACAACGGCUCAUUCUCAACGACACGGCAAAAGAUGAUCUGACCAUCUUGAAGUCUAUCAAGUAUCUCAAGGAGAAGGGAUUGAUGUCGGAGCAACUCACUGGUACAUCAAGAAACGAUGAGGAGCCUACCAGAUUUAAAAGUGAGGAGAAUACCUACACCGAGAACCUCACGUAUGGAGACAAUUGA